UUUCUGUGCAGCUAUGACCUGGGUAUGGAGAGCCGCGAUGCGACAGACGACCGGAUCACGGUGGAGGCGGCGGAGGCGGUGCAGCGUUACAGCGUGGGCAUCAAAUGUGCCACCAUCACGCCAGACGAGAACCGCGUGGAGGAGUUCAAGCUGAAGCAGAUGUGGCGCUCUCCAAACGGCACCAUCCGGAACAUCCUGGGAGGAACCGUGUUCAGGGAGCCCAUCCUCUGCAAGAACAUCCCCCGCCUGGUGCCCGGCUGGACCAAGCCCAUCGUCAUCGGCAGGCACGCACACGGAGACCAG